GCUUUUAUUUCCUCUCCGACCUUCGCCCUCCUGAACACCAAUACUCCCUCAUUUCAAUCCCACUUGAUUCCUCGGUCACAGGUAUCUCUGCGUCUGACCGGUUCUCCCCGCAGACACCGUCGUUCUCGAUGUGCGCCCUUUCAUAACCUUCAAUUGUCCGAGCACCGCCGACUAUCGACCUGUCCCACUCGCUCGCUGUGUUAUUCCCUAGAUCUGGUCGUUCGAUCCUGUCGACUUGCUACCUUCAAAAUGCCUCACGCCACCGACCCUUCGGCAUCUGAUGCCGAGGAUGCCGAUUUCGAGAAUGUCAUGCGCCAGAUGAACGGGCCCCUUGGCGAUGGCGCCGUGUCCCUCGAUUUCUUACAGCGGGAUCUAGAACCUGGCGAAAAGGCUGAUGACGCGGUGGACUACGAGGAUUUUGAUGAUGACGAACUUCCUGAAGAGGAAGAGAGGACUCAGGUCCCUGUGGAGAAUGGACAGGCAGCGGUGGAUGACGAGGUCAAAGGCCUAUUUGAAGUAGAGGAAGAAGAUCUCUUUGGAGAUCUCGGAGACAAGUCACAACCACAACCCCAGGGCGGCGAUGAGCUCGACGACCUUUUCGGUGAAGCACCUGCGUCUCCCGGUGCAGACCACGCUGAUGCUACGCGGGGUUUGUUCGAGGAGGAUGAACAGCUUCCACCGGCCCCAGGCACGGUUGAGAUGCCUGCCCCCGAGCCGGAGCCCAUGGUCAUGGAAGAAGAUGAGGAACCCUUGGACGGUGAAGGUAUGGGUCCUGCGGUCGAGGACAUGGACCCGGCAUCUUUACGGGCAUGGAAGCUACAACAAGCUCUGUUUGCCAUGUCUACUGUAGGCCCGGACAAUCCGCCUGCACCACCACAAAAUGUUGAAGAGCUUCUACAUUCUCUGUUUCCUAAUUUCGACCGCAAGGCCCUUCCCCGUUUUCUUGAGCUCAUCCCCCACAAGAAGGCUUUCUUUCUCGGCAAGCAGCCUCCGAAGCCCCCCAAACCCGUGCUGCCUAGCAAGGUCAACAUUGAGCUUGCCCAAGACCAGGAAAGGGCUUUCAAAUCAGGCGGUCAAGUGUAUAAACGCUCGUUGGAGUUAGAGCAUCUGGGAGUCGUGGCUGUUACCGAAGCUGUACAAGAAGAGGAAGAAGAGGAAGUUAAGGAAGACUUUGAUAUCGACACAGACAGUGACGAGGUGCUCCCUGGGGGUAUCACAUUAAAUGAUCUUCGUGUUGUCUGUACAGAUUGGGAUGUCAAGAGCGAUAUUUCUAUCAUGGAUAUUGAGGAGCCUGUCACCCAAGAUACGACAGAAGAGGCUGAAGAUGAUUGGCUUCUGGAGACUACUCGUCCAGUGAAAAAACGCAAACUUGGCAGAGAUCCAACGGAUUUAAUCGCCCUCUCUCAUAUUGAUGUCCCGUUGGUAGAUGACCCCGAACGGGCAACAUCUCGUAUCGCUCAAAAGGUGACGGUGGAUAUGAAUGACCCUCACAUUCUCCUCGACGAGCGUGGACCUGAAUCUGCAGCGCAGAAGCCGAAGGCUAUUGCAGCUCUUAAUCGCGAUGAAAUGGAUGUCAACGUCACUCGCCGCCUGACCUCACGCUAUAACAUAUCAAAUGACCAAGCGUACGACAUGCUCAAACAAAACCAUCAGAACAAGGUCCGAAGCACUCUGGGCAAUGUCACCCUCGAGCACAGUAUGCCAGCUCUUCGUUUGCAAUGGCCCUACUAUAAGACCGAGCUUGCCAAAGCCGAGGCGCGAUCUUUCCAUCGCCCGGCCUUGUCUUUCCGCCCCGGUCAGACUUGUUGGUUCAAAAACACUGCCUACAUCAAACGGAAACAUCAGAGGGGCAAGGAUGUCAAGUCUCUGUACAAUUCCACCAAGUCACUUUCCUUGGCCGACAACUCCAGUGCCUUACUAGUCGAGUAUUCCGAGGAAGUUCCUGUUAUGCUAUCGAAUUUUGGAAUGUCCAAUCGCAUCAUUAACUACUACCGCCGGAAAAAUAUGGACGAUCCCACGCGUCCAAAAGCCGAAAUCGGUGAAACAGCGGUUCUCCUCCCUCAGGAUAAGAGUCCUUUCUCUAUCUUUGGCCACGUUGAUCCGGGUGAGAUUACCCCGGCCAUCUCCAACUCGAUGUAUCGGGCUCCGCUGUUUCAGCAUGUGGCCAAAUCAACAGACUUCUUGGUAAUACGUAGUAGCACUGGCUCGGGGGGCAGUGAUUACUUUGUCAAAAAUAUUGAGAAUUUGUUUGUCGCCGGUCAACAGUUCCCCUCCGUGGAUGUCCCUGGCCCUCAUUCACGGAAGGUGACGACUGUUGCAAAGAAUCGCAUGAAGAUGCUUGUGUACCGCCUCUUGAAGAAAAGUCCGGACUUAAGGCUCUCGAUCAGUGAUGUUACCGCUCACAUCCCGGGCACUAGCGAUAUGCAGAAUCGUCAGAAGGUCAAGGACUUCCUUCAGCAUGACAAAGAUUCAAAGUACUGGGUGCCACUGGAGCCUGUUCCUGAGCAAGAUGUUAUUCGGUCGUGGGUACAACCCGAAGAUGUAUGUCUCCUAGAAUCUAUGCAGGUUGGCCAGCAGCACCUACAUGACACGGGUUAUGGCAACGAUGCUGAAACUGGGGGAGAAGAGGAUAACGAUGAGGAAACAGAAAGCUUUGAGCAACAAAUGGCUCCUUGGAAAGCCACUCGUAAUUUCCUUCUGGCAUCUCAGGGCAAGGCUAUGCUCAAACUACAUGGAGAAGGUGACCCAACUGGCCGAGGCGAAGGCUUUAGUUUCAUCAAGACUUCUAUGAAAGGUGGCUUCAAGGCCGUCGGUGAAAGUGUUGAAGAUAAGCUAGAUGCUCAGAGACUAAAAGAGCUGGGCGGUCACAGCUACAAUGUUGCCAGGCAGCAGAAGUCAUAUGAAACCUCGAUCCGUCGAAUUUGGGAUACGCAAAAAGCCAACCUGUCGUCAACAGUCGAGCAUUCGGAUGAUGACAGUGACAUCGACCGGGAAAUGGAAGAGGAGUUUAAUAAGCCUACCCCACGAUCUGAGGCUCCUACGCCAGCCCCAGGCCGCCGUGACGACGAAACAACAAGCCAGUUUAGCAAGAUGAGCAUGCCGGAUCAGAGAGGUAAGGUUUUGCGUAUCGUCCGUCAAUUCAAAGACGAAAAGGGCGAAAUAUACAGCAAAGAAACUAUGGUCUGGGAUCCUCGAGUUAUUCGCCACUACAUACAGCAUCGCCACAGAGUGGAAGCUUUAACUACCAAGCUCGAGAACCUCCAACCGACAGGCGAUCCAGAAGUGGACUCUCGCAACAAGAAACUACUCGAAGCCGAACUGAGCCGUCUCAACCGAAACAAAGAACGACGAUUCGCGCGCGAGAAACAGAAAGGAGCGACCCGAACAUCUGCCGGCGAUUCCCCGGCCGAUGGAGGCCCCAGUGGCAGUGGCAAAGGCGCAGGCACUCAACGCAAGUGUGCCAACUGCGGCCAAGUCGGUCACAUCAAGACCAACAAGAAGCUUUGCCCCCUCCUCAACGGCACUAUGAAACCGGAAGAUCGUGUCAGCGAUUCUGCCUUCGCUAUGGGCGCCCCUCCCGCCAUCUGAACCAGGAAACUUCUAGUAGGACAAGUUCCGUGAGGUCACAGCCACCUUUCUUUGUUUAUGAUACCCUUACUAUACUCAUUUUAUUCGAAUUACCUCUACUUCCUUCGAAACACUUCUGGCUGUAUUGUCGGGCCUUGUGAUUAUGAAACUCCCUGAUACUUAUGAUACUAAGCUGCAAUGAUACGGUGCCUUGUCACAGGACCAAUACACGCAACUUAUAUGACUUUAGCCCAUGGUUUGGGUUCUUGUAAAGAUUUAUCGUUCUCUUUUAAUCUCUAACAAUACAUGGCAGUCUUGUGCUUGAUUAGCAGUCGCUGGUGAAC